UACUAACGCUUUGAUAAAGUAUCCUAAAUAAAAGUAUAACGGUGGUUUUUGAUUGAAUUAAUUGUAAAAUCAAUAAGAUAUAACGUUGUUAAAUAAGGUAAUCUGUGCUAGAAAUGUAUAUUGUGCUCCGGAGUCGAGAAAUAAUCUAAAGUUUAGCCGUUUGUCACCGAGACGCUAUUUCUGACAGUUACAUAUCAAUAAAAGUAUCAUUGCUUGUUCUGAUUCGUGAAAUUUACAAUAAUGUCUGAGUUAAUGUUAUGUUCUGAACACUGAUAAUUACUGUUUAGUGUUUUUCAAUAGAUUUCCUCAAAACUGUUCUACAGCAGUGGACUCAGAAUUGUGCAAAAAGCAAGCCGAAUUCGGCUUUAAUAAAAAAGUGAAAAUUAUUGACCUUCCAUCCGAGAACGAUACUUUUCACAAUCAGUCAGACUUUCUGUAAUGUACCCAAAUAUCUUCCAAGAGCAACACACCAAAGAAAUAAGCUUCGUUCUCCCCGUUAACUUGUUACACUCAAAAAGAAAAGGAAUAUUUAUACACCCAAACACAAUGUUCAGAAAUAUGAGUUGCCCCCCUAAUUCACAACUUGCUGGUGCUAUAACGUCAAUACGCCAAAGAAAUUAAAUCUCAUAAAUCAGAAUCAAUAAAUUCAUAAAUCAUCAUAAUUGCAUCGUUUAACAAUUAUAACUAUUUACUUAAAUCAAAAACGAAAACAACAACUUUCUUUUAGAAAGCACUCGCUUCGAAGCUAUCAAUAAUGCUCUUUCCAUAACAACUGGAGACAGCACGAUAUCAGGAAGAAUUGAAAGCUACAGUUGCAAACUCGCUGGAGGAGACAAAGCUAUGUAUAAGAGAUUUAGCUCUGAGCAGGGUAGCAGGGAAUUGCAGGCUCUGUCGCCUCCGCAAACACAGCUGGGAAUGUCUCCGGGACAGGGAUACUACAGCCGUAGUUUGUCUGGUGACGAAGGCUUGCUUUGCGACACCAUCUCGAGCAAAACUCUGUUUUAUCUCAUCUCGACUUUGAAUGCUGCUUUUGCUCCUGACUAUGAUUUCUCUGAUGCCAAGAGCUACGAGUUCAGCAAAGAGCCAUCCCUGCAGUGGGUAAUGAACAGCAUUGACACCAAUUUGGCGGCCGUGGCGGGCGAGGCCUACCACACUCUGCGCAGCCACUUGUGGGCAGCCGUCGAAGAUGAGAUUAGCCUGGCCGAUUGCGACAUCUACAGCUACAAUCCGGAUUUAGCUUCCGAUCCCUAUGGGGAACCGGGAUGCAUCUGGUCAUUCAAUUAUUUCUUAUAUAACAAAAAGCUUAAGAGGAUCGUGUUCUUCACUUGCCGAGCCAUCAAUCCGAUUUAUUCAAUCGAUUCUGGUUGCGGAAGCGACUUUGCGAUGGACGAAGACGAUGACGAUGAAAGUUACUAAAUAACUACAAAUAAAUAUGAAGAAAAUUAGGGAAAACUUGAUCUCUAUUCAUAUUAUUUAAACGUCCUCAAAAUUUUAGUUAUCAUCAUACCUUCGAUUACUUUUA